AUGCGGAUCCCGGGGCUGCUCGCGGCGGCGGCGGCGCUGCUGGUGCUGCUUCUCGCGGUCGCCGGUGCGGCGGCGCAGGAGGCGGCGGCAGCGGGGGACGUGCGGCCGGAGGAGAUCGCGGCGAAGGCGAGGGCCCAGGAGGAGGCGGUGCUCGCGGCCGAGCUGGGGCAGCUCAGGGCGAAGGUCGCCGCGCUAGAGUCGAGCAUUGCAGCACAGACACUGGAGCUGAAUAGCAAGGACGGCGGCAUCGAAACACUGGAAAAGGUAACUGGGGAGAUGUCACAGAACAUUGCUACUCUGCAGAAUGAGAUAACUUCCCUCCAGUCAAAGGGAUCUAUAGCUGCAAAGGAGCAGGCAGGCAAGGUCAAUGCCCGGGCUAUUGAGCUUGAGAAGCAGAUUGAGAAGCUCAAGAAGGACAUAGAAGCACAGAAUAACAAAAAGGCGACCAUGGAGGCUAGAGCCACCGAUGCAGAGAAGAAGGUGCAAGAGCUGAAUGCUAAGCUGGGUAGACUUCAAAAGACAAGCGGCGAGCAAAAGGUUAGGAUUCAGAAGACUAAAAAUGCUCUUAAAGCUGCAGAGGAGGAGCUGAUGAAGGUGCAGUUAGAAGCAACAGCAAAAUCAGAGCAGCUCGGAGAGGUUCAUGGAGCAUGGUUGCCACCUUGGUUAGCAGCACAUGCAGCUCACUAUAUGGAGUUGAUGUCAAGUCACUGGAGUGAACAUGGAAAACCUGCUGUCAACAAUUUAUUGCAAAAGGCAUCAGAGAAAACAGUGCAGGCGAAGGAAUGGGCUGAACCCCAUAUAGAAACUGCUAAGGCGAAAUGGAUUCCUGUCAUUAAAGAAAAUUGGGCUACUGCAAAGGAAAUUGCAGAACCUUAUGUGCAAAUGGUCUCAGCAAAAUCAGUAGAGCUUUAUCAAGCAUCAAAGGAUGCUAUCUCACCUCAUGUUGUGAAAGCACAUGAGCUUGCUGAUCCCUAUUUCCAGGAAGCCAAGAAGUUAUCCAAACCUUAUAUUGAUCAAGUUGCUAAGGCCAGUAAACCACAUGUUGACAAACUUAAAACCACCCUGAAGCCUUACACUGAAAAGGCAGGCCAGGAGUAUGAAAAGCUUCGCGACACAGCUACUUUAUACCAUCAGCAGGCUCAGGUAACUAUCUUGGAUUACAUGCACCAACAUGAAUUAUUAAAACAAUUUGUGAAUGGGGAGUUGGUGUGGUUUCUGGCUGCUGCUUGGCUGCUUAUGCCCGUAUAUGUUCUGUACAUACUCCUAACAGAAGUCUGCUGCAUCACCAAGAAGAAGAAAAUCCCACGGAGUGAUAAGGGCAAAGUUUUGGUCAAUGGCCAUCGGAGACACAAGCGCCGACAUGCAGACAAGUAG